AUGGCUCAUCGUUUCGUGACAGUUCUAGGGCCACAUUUAAUUGAUGAGUGUAUGACCGCUGCAUUACAGCUGGGUAUGGAUAUUUCCCGUAUACAGGCAUAUGCACAAAAUUUAGAGGAUCGUAAACAUCAGCGUAGGACAGAGCGUGAGCAUGACCGGGGUCAUAGAAGUGCACCUCCACAGUUUUCGGGUCCUAGAUUUGAUAGGUCUUCUUAUUCAGGAGCGGGUCAGAGUUCUAAAGCAUCAGGUUCUCAGUACAAACCAGAGUCCGGUCAGAUUAGGCCCCCGUUACCACGGUGUGUCCAGUGUGGUAAGUUACACGCAGGUCAGUGUCGAUGGGGAUCGGAUGCUUGUUAUGCUUGUGGCCAGCCAAGGCACGUGAUGCGGCAGUGUUCGAUGACAGGUGGUGUAGGUAUUAUUCAGUCUACUAGGUCCAUAGCUGGUUCUUCUUCUGUAGUACGCCCUUCAGGGCGAGGUUCUCUGACACCAGCAGGACGUGGUAAAGGGAGGAGUGAAACGUCUAGCUCGAGUAGGCCUCAGCAUCGCGUUUAUGCAUUGGCUGGUAGGCAGGAUCAUGAGUCAUCUCCUGAUGUCGUCACAGGUAUAUUAUGA